AUGCUAGGUCCAUGUACCUAUGAGCGUGGCAAUUACAAGUGUCUAUGCACCCAGGGGAUAGUCCCUGGGGUCAUCGACUUGAAUUUCAAUGAUGCUCAGACCUGUGACACAUGCUUGCAUCCAAUAGCCAUGCAUCUUGAUUAUGCUCGUCCAGCCCUCCCCCCUGCUAUCACCGCUCCUGCUCUCUCCGGGAACGCUUCGCCUGAUAACACCACUUCUGGCAAUAAUCCACCAAAAAGGAGAAUCAGACCUUAUAGUCUCUCAAGUCGGGUUCAUCCUCGGACGAAAUUGGUCAAUGAGUUGAUAGAGCGACUUCAUUACUAUCAUAUCAUUCGAGUGCGCGGCACACCAGCUUCCGGGAAAACGACUUUGAUGAACAUUGUGGUCAAUCAAUUGUUUGAGAAUCAUGGCAAAGAAAGGCCUAUUUAUGUUCUUACAGAUUGGAAUGAGAGGAUGAUUAGAGGACAAGGCGGCUGGGAUGCAUAUUUAGAGCAGGAGACGGGUGUUCAUGGUGACCAGUGGCUCACCUACUCGGCCUAUCUGGUUAUAGACGAAGCACAAGAGUCGUACUGGGAUGGUGCACUUUGGGCAGAUCUCUUCAAACGUAUUGAACUUGAUUCCAGCCCAUACAUCCUACUCUUCACAUCAUACGGCUCACCAGGUAGGGGCUUCGUGGGAUUCAAUGAGGAGAAACAUAGAAAAACUCCUUUAAUAUUUGCUCCUGAACAGCAGAUAUCACUGCGGGCAGAUGAAAAUGUCAGAGGUUAUAAUCCAUUUCGAGCACCUUUUUUGACACCAGUUGGCCUGCUACUUGACAAGGAUGAGGCAAUGGAUGUGGUAACACUAAUCACAAAACAAAUGCAGUCACGUCCAUCUCUAACAGAGGACCUCAAGGAGUGUUAG